AUGCCAGGUGUCGGGAUCUCAUUGCACGUGCCGGCGCAGGCUCUGAGUCGGCUCAAUGAGGAGCUCGAUGGCUUCUUGCGCGACGAUGCGGAUGCCGGCGAGCGCGACAACGCCGCGCGGAGGAUCAACCUGACCCUCGACGCGCUGGCUCGACUCUUGGAAUUGGAUGGAGCCGUCCAAAUGUAUGGCUCCUUCUCAAACGGGAUCAAGACAUGCACGUCGGAUUUGGACUUCACCUUUCGCGGAAGCACGGACAAGCAGGCUGCCGUCUCCCUACUGCAGAAGUUCGCGUCCUGCGCCAAGACCUUUGGUUUCGACAACAUCACGACGAUCUUCCAGGCCCACCUGCCCCUGCUGAAGCUCACUGACACCAAGGACAACAUCGAGGUUGACCUCUGCGUGAACAACGAGCUGGGCAUCCGAAAUUCUGCGCUUCUCGGGGCGUAUUGCAAGUACGAUGUGCGCGUUCUCCAGCUGGGCCGCUUGGUCAAAGACUGGGCGAAGAGGCAUGAGAUCGUGGGCACAACAGAUGGCUUCCUCAGUAGCUACGCCUACAUGCUUCUGGUGGUGUUCUUCCUCCAGAGUGUGUGGCCACCAGUGGCCCACAAUCUCCAGGUCAUGGGCCGCGACUCUGUGCCUAUAUCGGACGGUAAAUGGGGAGAGGAGCUCGUGUGGGAGACCAAGUUCCUCUCCGAAGUCGAGAAGCUGCCCAAGUCGCAGAACAGGAUGUCCAUUGGCGACCUUCUGCUCGGUUUCUUCCAGUUCUACACCGGCGGCUUCAACUGGCGCCGUCAUGCUGUAUGCAUCCGAUUGCAAAGACCUGGACAGAACGUCGACAAGAACUCUUUGAUGCUAGAAACGACCAGAGAUCAGUGGUACCUCGAAGACCCCUUUGAUCUCAAGCACAAUCUGGCAGGUGCUUGCAGCUGGGCCGGGCGACAGCGAAUUCUGGGCGCGAUGGAGAAGACCUUGAGCUUGCUUGUGGCCGGGGGCCGGUGGGCAGAGUCCCUUCCGGAACCCAGUGCCGGCUUCUUUCUGAAGUGCCGCAUCACCGAGGACGUGAAACCGGAAGCUCUCCUUGAAGAAUUCGACGACUGCGAUCUGGUGGGGGGUCUUUUCAAUCAGCACAAUACGGGUGUGUUCUGGGCUGCCGACUCCAGCUAUUCCUCAGUCUUCGCCGAUUCUGUCCUCGACCUUCUCAUCACCCCAACCGUGGAUUCGGGCAUGGAAGUCCACGUCGAUCCAGUCCUUGACCUUCUCAUGACCCCCACCGUGGAUGCAGAUGUGGACCUUGUCGGGGGAGCCGUACAUAGUGUCACCUGCCAUUUAGUUUCCCACCUGCAGACCACACCUGUCGGUGUUGACGUGGGGAACACGAUCAUCAGUCUCGACACAAGCGAAGCCAUGCCCGAACACUUCUGCCGCAGAGUUGCCCACGAGGCCUUGAACCCAGAUCGUCGAUUUAGGAUGGGAGACAGCGUGGUGGAGGCAGUGGUGGAGGCCAUGCGUUUCCGUCCGGAGGACGAGGAGGUGCAGCAGUGGGGAAGUAUAGCUUUGGUCCACCUGUGCGCCGGCAUGGGGCAUGACAGCUCCUUGAGGAAACAGGCAGUCGAAUCGGGUGGCAUUCACACCGUGCUGAGUGCCAUGUGGCUGCAUGGUCUCAACGGAGACAUCAAGCAACAAAUCGUGUACUUGAUGGCCCUCAUCAGCAUCUGCAGCGAUUGUGACCGCCAACAUCUGCACCCGACACUUGAGGCAAACAUCUUGGAUGCGGUGGAAGCAGCCAUGCAUCGGUACCCUUGCAGUGCGGAGGUGCAACACUGGGCCUGCGUUGCCAUCGUCGUCUGCAUUGGCGCUUCCUUGGGCCAUCACCAGGCAUCUGAGUCUUUGUGCGUAGGCCUUGUGGUAGCAGCCAUGAGGAGGCACCAAUCCUGUGAAGAGGUACAGACAUGGGGAGCUGCAUGCCUGGCAUGCGCUUGCAGCAUGGAUACUGACUGCAGUGAGAGCUGGCCGACUAGGCAGUGGGCGGCCGGACUGGGAGCCUUAGAGGCCGUGACGAAGGCUAUGCAGCAAUAUGUCCGCAACAAACCGCUGCAGACGUGGUGCCUCAAGGCCCUGAGUAAUGCUUGCAGCACCCCAGAACAUGACGGCGGCAUGAGAAGCCAGCGGGCCGUUCAGGCAGGAGCUGUGCAAGCUGUACUGGCGGCGAUGUGGCAGCAUGCGGACUGCGAAUGCGCAGCGCAUUUGGGCAUUGUGGCCCUCAUCAGGGUUUGCAGUGAUUCGAAGGCACUGCUGCUGGCAAGAGAGCAUGGUGCUCUGCUAAAGAUUGUGGCAGCCAUGCGGAGGCACGGGGACAGCGAGCACUUACAGACCGGAGGCAUGAUGUUCCUGGUACACUUCUGCAGCAUCGCCCACGACAAGGAAGGCUUUCACCCGGGAAGCUGGGCGAGCGCGUCAGGGUCGCUGGAGGUCCUGGUGGGUGCCAUGCGACGUUACCCAGGUAGCGAAGACCUCCAGAAAUGGGGCUGCGGAGCCAUCGCCACGAUGUGCAGCGGAAGUCCCCCUGAGGUGUACGAUGCGGCGAUCAGGGCCGGAGCGAUCGAGGCUGUGGAGGAGGCGAUGUCGUUGCACUGCAAUGAGGAAGAUGCACGGUUGGUAGUCGUAGUGCUGGUGCUGGUGCUGGUGCUGGUGCUGGUGCUGGUGCUGGUGCUGGCGGUGGCGGUGGCGGUGGCGGUGGCGGUGGCGGUGGCGGUGGCGGUGGUCGUGGUGGUGGUGGUGGUGGUGGUGGUGGUGGUGGUGGUGGUAGUGGUGGUCGUGGUGGUCGUCGUGGUCGUGGUGGUCGUCGUGGUCGUCGUCGUCGUGGUGGUGGUGUCCACCCCGCUGUGCUUGAUGGAGCUCCUGUUCAAGGUGGCGGAUGAGGACGGUCUCAAGAAUCUUUGCCAUGAAGGGCACGAAGAGGGCACUGUAGAGGUGGAGAGCCAGACGCCCUCAAGCGACGCCGCGAGACGCUCGGCUCACCUUGUGGGUGUUGCCUAUUCCAAUGAACUCACCUCCAACACACCAAGCUGUGAGGUGGAGCUGGUAGUCGCGAACGUGCCGGUGGAAUUUGAAGUUUCGGAGCACUGCCUUGGUGAGAAAGAAGGUAACCUGCGCAACCGGUCGGCUUUGGGUCCAUACCGCAUUGUUUGGACGCAGCAGCUGCCGUUUCAGAGAAUCGGUGAGGUGUUCUUUUCCUGCUUCACCUGCCUAGUGAGCAACCUGAACAACCUCGUCCGCGAAGUCCGCUUAGAGACCCAGAAGGUCUCCUCGCACGGGCCGCGCAGUGCAGAUGAUCUGGCAGCGGAGCUGGAAUAUCAGGCGCGGCGAGUGUCGACAUUGCAAGCGGCGACUGAGCUGGCUACUCGCUGGGUGGAGCGCAGCGACAGCGGCCACGGUGCCUUCACUUUGGGGGGGGCGCGGGAGCUCGAAGGAGAUCAUGGGCUGGCCGAGCCUCUUUCCUUCUACCAGGCGCUGCUCCGGAGCCAAGCCAUGGAAUCACUCGUCGACGCCUGCGCGCGGGCGCCCGCGCUGCGUGGCCAACUCGUUCAGGGAGAAGACGACGGCGACGCCGGUGCCCUGCGACGAGCUCUCGUGGCCUUGAUGGAGAGACUGCUUCUUCCUGGCGCUUUGGCCUUUUGGCCAACACUGCUGGAGGCGCUGAUGGCCUCGGCGACGGAGGAGACCGCGGAGCGUGGCGGAAGCACGAAGACCCCACGGGCGGAGAGUUGCGCCGCCUGGUCCCGGAAAGCUUUGGCACUGGUCAAGCGCCAGUGGCAACAUGAGCUCAUUCCCUCGUCGCUCCGGUGCUUGGAUCGCAAGUUGGCCGCGCUGAUGUCCGCACCUGCAUCUCAGGAGGCCAGCACCAACGCCGACCUCCUGCGGUCCAGCAAAGAAGGGAUGUCGAAAGGCGGCAUCCGGGCGGCUCUGGCUCACGGAAGGCUGAAAAAGGCCGAAUCCGAGUCCAGCCGCAUUCGCGAGCGCACGGCCUUGCUUUGCGACGCUGUGGCGAAGUUGGAGGUCGAGGCUGCAAGCUCCGUGACCACCGUCCCCGAGGUGGAUCAGCUGCUGGACUCUGCCGACCAUAUGCUGUCGGCCCUGGAUGCCAACGUCAAGGAGCUAAGUGCGGAGCAAGCGCUUCUCCAAGGCUCCCUCUCGGAGCUGAGAGCCGGCUUGGAACAGCAGAUGACCGAGUUCAAGGAGACCUUGGUGUCCUUCGCGUCGAAGCGCACUGCGCUGGAAGAGGAGCGCUCCUCUCUGACGCGCCGACUCGAAGAGGUGCAGCUGCAGCUGAGCCAGCUGCAGGAGUCCACUGCAUCCUGUGAGAAGAGGUCACGCGAGCUGGAAAACCAGCUCCGAGACACGACGAAGCACUUCGAGGAAAAGAUUGCUGGCGCCUUUUGCCUCCAGCGGCAGCUGGCCGACGAAAAGCUGAGGGCAGUGGCGUGCAAAGCAUGCGCCCACACGGCCCGAGACAUCGUCUCCGGGGAGGAGCAGAGGCGCAGUGAUGAACUCGCAACGCAGCUGCGACGGAGGCGACUGGACCUUCGGCGCACCUGCGCCGGCUACGUGCGCCAGGAACGAAUUCGAAUCGAGGCGAUCGCUGGCACAGAGAGCUCACGACAAGCUGCCAAGGUGGAGAAGGCUUGGCAGGAAGCGCAGGAAGUGCUCCAACGAGCACUGCCUUUGUGCAAGGGGGAAGACAGCAACGCUCAGCCGCGGCCAGCCGAGCUUGUCGAGUGCCCCGUGCAGCCACUGGAGGAGCUUCUGCAGCUCCCUCCUCCUGAGGAUGCCGCGGCUUUCUUCGCGGAGGCAGUGUCUUCACAAAGCUGCAUUGACUGCAAGCUGCCGGAUGCCGAUUGGGCCAGCGUCUCCUGCGGCGCCUACCUUUGCGUCGACUGCGCAGGUCAGGGACAGGGUGUUGAUGUUGUUGUGGUCAUACACAAACGGCAGCAGCCGCCUCCGCACGUUCCUCGAGGGCUACCCGAAGCUCCGCGGCGACCCUCAGAGUCGGCGGCCCUCUUCGCGCGCUACAACUCCAAGGCGCUGUAG